UUCAUGAGAUUUGAGUACACUGUGACUGUAUCAACAUGGCGGCCAUAACACAGCAUUUUGAGUCCUUCAAGGAAAGACUGGACAAAGUCUUGCAUGAAAAAAAUAAGCUGAAUGAUAUCUUGGAGAAGAUCGAGCAGAAGACUGGUGUUCGAAGGCUGUAUAUUGCGUUGGGUUUCAGCGCUUUCAUUGCAUUGUACCUGAUGGUUGGGUAUGGCGCUCAGUUCCUGUGCAACUUCAUCGGUUUCAUCUACCCAGCCUAUGCAUCAGUGAAGGCGAUUGAGAGUAAUGACAAGGAUGAUGACACCAAAUGGCUCACAUACUGGGUGGUUUACAGUGUCUUCAGUUUGGUGGAAUUUUUCUCCGACAUCUUCUUGUUUUGGAUUCCAUUCUACUGGUUGUUGAAGUGCAUUUUCCUGGUGUGGUGCUUCCUGCCAGUGCCAUGGAACGGCUCUCAUCUCCUGUACUACCGCUUCAUCCGGCCGUUCAUUCUCAGGCAUCAGGAUCAGAUUGACACUGCUAUUGACCAGGCCAAGGACGCUGCGUACGAAGCCCGCAAUCUGGCAGAGGAAGUUGCCUCCGAUGAAGUCAUUCGCCGCGCCACAGCUGGUGUUAACAGCAGCAAGACGGACUAAGGUGGCGUCCGCUGAGAGAGGAGGCUACGACCUGAGCUGUGGUAUGUGGGUUGGUGUGGUCACGUGACGAAGUUCAAGACUUUUGUGUGUUGCCUGAGGACUGUCAGGAGGAGUUCACCUCACCACGGCAGCUGGGGAUUGUGUGGAGGAGAAGACAGGCUCACUUCUAUAUGUGUAUACAUCUAUCUCAUCCAAUUUUGCCAUUUUUAUUUACCCGUUGUUUUGAAGUUUGUGUUUGUUGGUUUUUUUCCCGCAAUACAACACCUUAUCCAGUUGGAAGUUUUUAGAUAUGUGAUGAGCAAGUUUGUUUCCUCUCCUUGUCCAAUUGCAUUUUUUUUUUGCUCUCCAUUACUCCUUUUGUGAAGUUAUUGUAUUUUUGUAGGUUGUGUCCCUGGUUACAUUUGUACCUCUGUGUUGUAUAGAAAUUUAGUAGACUUCUUUUUUUCUUUUUCUUUUUUUUAUUAACGAUUACAUGGAAAAAUGUUACAGCGUUAUUAAAAGCUGAUAGUCUUUUUUGUUUGUGGUCUUUCAAACUUUGUUAUUUUGCUUUUAGAUGUAGCCAUUCUAGUGAUCACUAGAUGUAAGUUUGUUGUUUGUUUUUUUGGUAACUUAUUUUCAAUUUCUGCUCUUUGAAAUGCACAUCAUCAAAGACUAAAUUAGUAUUAGAUUGUCACAUAUUGUGCUGGUAUUUUACCUUGGUUUCUGCUUUUAAUUUUUUUGGUUGUUUAUGCCCGUGUAAAUGAUUGCUCAAGUAUUUUUUAAAAUAUUGUGUUGAAAUAUACUCGUGACCCUUUUUGGCAUUUAUUCUUGGGACUUGUAUUCAAAUUUUAUGGUGAAGGGCAUUUCAAAGAUCUAGUCUCCUUGUCAGAGUAAUUUUUUUUUGCAAGCUUGACUCAUUAUGCUUCAGUUUGGUCCAUAUUUCUAUAUUUGUGAUUUGGUUUUAUCCAGAAAUUUUCCCAAUCUUCAACUUCAAUCUAUUCUCAUUAGCUUCUUUACUUUGUAUACAUGUCAUACGAUGGCAGUCCACUGUUUCUUUGGCUGUCACUUCAUUGCUAUUGUGCACGUCAGAGAAAGCAAGUGCUGGGGCCAUAAGGCUUCUUGGACUCAUCAAUUAGAAUCUUGUUGAUAUUGUGGCCAAGCCAUUGUGCUGACUCAUAAGUUUUUAGUUUAGUAGGUGGAGGUUGAGGUAAUUUUCUUUCGUGUGUGGGCAAGUUUGCUUAGAGAAAAAAAGUAUCAUUCCCUCUUUACCUCUAGCUGGGCUGUGUAUGCUGUACACUAAAGAAUAUGCUCAAGCCAUAGAUUGCCUCCUUAUACCUUUGCUAAUAUAAGAGCAUAGAACUGUUAAAACCACAGCCAAACACAACUUUACUGAGCUGAGAGACAGUUAUCUCUUUGAAAAUGAUAUAUAUAUAUAUUUUAGGCUGUUUCUUUGUCAUAUGGUGCUGUUGAGAUGGACAAUUUUCAUAUGUCAGCUUCUGUUAAUUUAAUCUAAAAGUGCUUUGCUCUUUACAGUUUAAAGGAAAUAAUCUCAAUAAAAAAAAUGUUCCACUGGGUUGGCAUUCAGUUUGUGCAAUAACUGUGUAAAGGACAUAAUGUAAUUUGAAGUCUGUACUGUCCUAAAUGUACUCUUUUGUUAGCUGUAACUUGUUGCCCCCAGCCUGUACUUGAUGGCAGGCUCUCACCUUGUAUACCUACUUUCACACCACACAAGUCCAAAAAAGUGAUCCAUCUUUCUUUUUUGGCUGUAAAAGCAGGAGAUAAAAGUUUGAGUCUGAAAUGUGUGUGGGUUUGGGGGUUUUUCAGUUGCUCGGUCUGGAGAUAUUUUCUUUGAAUGUUGCUGUAGACUGCUUAAUCAAUGAAAUUCUGUAAUAUGUGUCAUACUUCAGUGUGAAGAUUUAAACUUUUUGAUAGUUUUUUUCUUAAUCACCAGAGUUUCUUUAUUUUUCACAUCCUAAACUAUCAAAUUAAUAUUGGCAGUUUCACAUUUGCACCAUCUUUUAGCACCAGAAAAAAAGCAGGAAUUUAUUGCAACAUGUGCACAGCUUUAUUCCUUUUCAAGAUUUUGGUGUAAAGUGUUUCAUUUUAGUGUAAGGGAAAAUGCUGGUGCCCACUGUGAGUUCGUAUACAAAAUGGAUAUUUUGAAGCUACCUCUACUUCACUGAUCGGAGAGCCACUAUGCUUACUUGUCUGACCCUGUAGGUGUCCCAACUUUUUUCCCGACCGAUGGUGCUGUGAUUUUGGUUCCUCAGUUGUACUCAUUCUUGGUAAUAUUUAUAUAAUCUGUGACAGAUUUUCAAGUUGCCUUCAAGGUGUUUCUCUCCACAGAGUGAAAGUGUCCACUGCACUUUUGGAUUUUAGGAUCAUAAACCAGAACAUGUGUGAAGUUGGGAUGUGAUUAUGAUUAUAUAAUUAGAUCAUACUUCUGAAUUCUGUAUUUAUAUAACACCUGUUCCCUUGGUUCACCACUGUCAUCAUUUACUUUAUGGUCCCUGUCAUGAGCAUUACAUCGAUGUCCGACUUUAACUGUGAAUGUGAUUGAACAUUGAAUAUAUCGGGGUGGGAACACAUUUCUUUCUCAGAAUUUGCCAGACCUCCUCAAAAUUUUGUUUCAAGUGCUCUUUUUGUAUAUUACAGUAUCGCCAAUUGUAAUUGUUUUUGUGAAUUAAAUAAUGUGAAACUAAAAAGUGUUUGACAAGGCUAAUUUGGCGUGGACACGGUUAGAGUGGGACACCGACAAUGCAUUGGCUAUUUAUAUGAAGUGUGCAUAUCUGUGUCAGGGUUUACAUCAACACUAGCACUUUUCUUAAACUAAUUAAUUAUUAGUUUGAUCAUAAAGUUAAUCAUCCCAGUCUGCUUUUUUUCCCCUUGUUUUUCUGUUUUUUAUUUUAUUUUUUUUUCAAUUCAUUUUUAAGAAGUGAAAUUUGUAGUGGCAUGGACCAGAGGUGUGGUACACUAAAAUUUCUCUUGAAAAAUAUUUCAUUUUUAUGUAUGAAUGUUAAAAAGGUCUUUCGAAGCAUUUUAAAAAUAGAUUUGAUCCUCAAAUCUUGCAUCGUCAUGAUCAGUUAUCAAAGUAUUUAUUAUAGACAGAGUCUUGUCUGUCAUAUCUCUUUUCUCUAGUCUUUCUGUGACUGUUAAUAUAUUUAAAAGUGAAUUUACAGAAAUGUGUUCUUUGAACCAUUAUCCUGAUGUCAAUCUGCAACCUGGGUUCCCUCUGAGUUUGCUCUAUUUUACUUUAUGCAAUAUAAAGGCAGUCAGAGAAAGGCCUUCCACAGCUCCCUGUCGAGAAGCUGUAACGUUUACAAUGCAACCAAUUUUACUUCCUUUUUAUAACAUUCUGUUGACCAACAUUCUCAGGAUUUUUUUUUUUUUUAAUUCUUUUUGUGUUGAGUAGACUGGCGUGUGUAUAGAUAGUGUAGUGCUUCAAUAUAAUAAAGAACUAACCAGUGGCUGUUAUAGUUCCUGCAUGCUUUAAAUUUCUUCACAGCUGUAGCCUAUCAUAUGCGUAUAAUUCUCUUCCUCGUGUCUUUGUAUUUCUCAGCUAAUAAAAUUGUGACCUAACAAAAGUG